AUUAACCAGCCAAUGAGAGCACAGCCCGGCUGAUAAGACUGAUAGUCUCCAGGUGGAAGGCCACACACACACACACACCGUCAGGACUUCUUGGGGUCUCUGGACAUUUAUGUUCCCUUGACAGCACCCAGACUGCCUGUUUCCUCCGCGGUGGUUCGGUCACCAAGCGAUGGCCAUGGUGAGUGGGGGCUGGGGCGAUCCGAACGGGGGCACCAACGGGCUGGGGGACAAGAGCUACCUGAGGGGGGGCGAGGAGGAGGACGGCUCCCCGCAGGCGGGAGGCAGCGACAUGGAGGCCGGGGACGAGGACAAGGCGUGCGUGGUGGACUGCGUGGUGUGCGGGGACAAGUCCAGCGGGAAGCACUACGGCGUGUUCACCUGCGAGGGCUGCAAGAGCUUCUUCAAGAGGAGCGUCCGUCGCAACCUGAGCUACACCUGCAGGUCGAACAGAGAGUGUCAGAUUGACCAGCACCACAGGAACCAGUGCCAGUACUGUCGCCUGAAGAAGUGUUUCCGUGUUGGCAUGCGCAAAGAAGCAGUUCAACGCGGUCGCAUCCCACCUCAGCCGAGCCUCAGCCCCUCCAUCACACCCCUAGGGGGUGCCGGUGGCCUUGGAGGUGGUGAGUUUUACAACAACAACAAUGGAGGAAGUGGCGGAGGUCAGCCGGUGUCGGAGCUCAUCUCUCAGCUGCUGCGAGCUGAGCCAUAUCCCAGCAGUCGCUUUGGGCACCAGUACAACCAACAGGCCGGUCCAGAUAACGCCAUGGGAAUCGACAAUAUCUGUGAACUGGCUGCUCGGCUACUCUUCAGCACCGUGGAGUGGGCCAGAAGCAUCCCUUAUUUCCCUGAGCUGCCUGUUUCCGACCAGGUGGCUCUGCUGAGGCUGAGCUGGAGCGAGCUGUUCAUCCUCAACGCCGCCCAGUCGGCCCUGCCACUCCACAUGGCUCCCCUGCUGGCAGCGGCCGGCUUCCACUCCUCGCCCAUGUCCGCAGAGCGCGUGGUGUCCUUCAUGGACCAGGUGAGGGUGUUCCAGGACCAGGUGGACAAGCUGACCCGGCUGCAGGUGGACUCCGCUGAGUACAGCUGUCUCAAGGCCAUCGCUCUCUUCUCACCAGAUGCCUGUGGUCUGACAGACCCCGUCCACGUGGAGUCUCUGCAGGAGAAGGCUCAAGUGGCUCUGACGGAGUACGAGAGGAUGCAGUACCCGAGCCAGCCACAGCGCUUCGGCCGCCUGCUCCUGCGCCUCCCCGCCCUGCGCGCCGUUCCCGCCAGCCUCAUCUCCCAGCUCUUUUUCAUGCGCCUGGUAGGAAAGACACCCAUCGAGACGCUGAUCCGUGACAUGCAGCUUUCCGGAAGCUCCAUCAGCUGGCCCUAUGUCCCAGGACAGUAGCGUCCCCCCCCACCCUCCCGAUGGACGAGGUCUCGCUUUGGGAUUAAUGACGACAAGGACCCACAGGAAACCUCCUGACUCAUCACUUUCCAUCUGUGUGGUUAACAAACUGCAGUGCCAGCUGGCCUUCACACAUACUGUACUGUAACUGCUCUAUUCCCCCCCUCCCCUUAUGAAACCAGCCCUCUGUCUCCACCCGGGCCACCAGAGAAGACAAGGGAGCCUGUGCCAGGCGGGAUCUGACUUGUUGCCAACCUGGUUGUUUCGGUGCCAGGUCUCAGGCCAGAGAACAGCUCCUCAUGCUGUGCUCCGAUAUGGCCUCCACAGCCAGUCAUGUCCCCACCUACGCAUUAUAGCGACUAAAGACGCUGCAGUUGUCAUGUAGAGGCCAACACCACCCUGCUACAAACCCAUCUUGAGGACAAAACUGCGCCGUCACUAAACGUCAGCAGUCUGCUCAUUUUCCAUGACUCACCAUUUGUGAAACGGUGACAUUUUUAGUCACAACAUAACAAUUGAAUCAUACUGACUCUUAAUCGAACAGUUAAACGUGUCAGAAAGCUGUGGUUGUGCUAUGGACAUGAAUAUAAGACACAGUACGGGCCUUGCUGUUGAAAAGAGGAUUCUGAAUCCACCGCUCUCUUACCUCAGUGCUGGAGGAGGAAGCCGACGAACUGCUCGGAAGGAUCGGAAACUUAAAUACAAAACCAAGGAAAAACUCACCAAAGUCUAACUAGAAAAAUUAGUACAGAAAGCAGAGUGAGAGAAAUGGAGCUGAUGGGACUCUUGUGACUGCCUCGCCAUCCAGUGAACCAUGCAUUUAACUUCUUUCACAGGGCUCACUGUCGCUGUACGAUUUAAAGAACGAAAAGCCACAGUUACACGAGAACGGACUAAUACCUCACUAGACAUCAGAAUGCUUUCGUCUGAUAUUUCCUAAACACAAACCUCUGUAAAUGUCGUUCACCAGAAACCGCCUUCUUUUUUGACAACUGCCUUGUUAUUCAGUCUGAAUUUGGGACAGCGACAAAACAGGAAAUGAGUCCUACGAGUGUUACAAACAUUUGUCUCGUACCUUUAAAGAAAGAAAAAGCCCCAAAGUGAUUUUCAUUUGUGUUUUGAGUUGGACCGAGUUCAGCUAUUUUUUUUUUCCUAUAGAAACAACAGGCUGACGUGCAAAUUUAAGUUCCAGUACGUUUAAGAAAUCAACAUUAUGAGUUCAACAAAUAAAGCUGGUGAUUCGAGAGUUUAUAACCAACACAAUCAGUUAACCAGUUCUGUUUCUGGAGGCAUUGAUCCCCUUGACAAAUGUAUUGAAAUGUGUGUGUAUAUAUAUUACAGCCAGCUUUGUCCUCUUGCAUGUUCAAAUGUUGUUUUGGAUCUCUGCUAAAUUGAGACUUUCCUUCUUUUACAUUCUGUAAUUCAAGAUUCAUUUUGAAAGUGUUGCUUUCUCUGUUAGUUCCUAAACGUUUUUCUUUUUUCUAUAUGUAUUUACAUGAAAAAUACCUCUGCCAUCUGUUCAGAUGUCAACACGGACGCUGACCGUCAUGCCAUUGUCACAGCGGCCGUGACGUAGACAUGAUCUCAUAUCUAAGACAUCGGAGUCGAAGCUGCAGUUUGUGAUGAAUGAAGGUGCACUUUGAGGAUAUUCAAUGCCAAAAUAGAUCACACAGUCUGUGACGAGUUAAGAAAAGAAGGGGCUACCGAUUUUUGCCGGUCCACAUUGAUUUUUACCUCAGUUUACGAAGUCACUUGUUGAUUUGAAACCAAAUAAAAUCAACUCUAAAUAAAGCCGUCUUUCAGCAUUUACAUGAAAAUGACAAAAAAAUGAACAGAUUGGACGUCUUGAUCUGCCGCCGCUCUUUCUGAAAGUUAUUUGGGUGUUCUUCAUUUUAGGCAGCGAUUCACACAAACAUGUCGAGAAGAGAGAGAAAAAACAAAAUAAAUAUACUAUUAAUGUUUUCUUAUCUUUGUGUUACUGAGUUCUUGAGUUUUAAAAAUGUCCUGUGUAUGGCAAUGUUAUUAAAAAAAUCAAACGAUGA